AUGGCAGCCACCGAUCGAAGUGGAGAAGGUCGAGAGCAAGUGGAAGUGGAAAAAAAACCUGGUUGGAACAACUACUUGUGCCCGCCUUCGCCCUUUUUGAAAGGAUGGCAGUCCGUCAACCCCAAAGAUUACCCGUACUUCAUACCCACUCCUCAACAACAACAGACCGCACAAGCUAGUAUAACCAAAGAUCCGCGACUCUUGCCCACAAGCUUGGCUUCGAACAAUCCCGCCGUCGCGGAAACGCAACAACCAAACUUGGGCCAAACCGAACCUACCCAAAAUGUCACCCAAGCUACGAAUCCCACCCAAAAUCAACGAAAUUCCAAACCGGAACCAAAGUUGAAUACUGACGUGCUAUUCCUGAAGCCGCAAAGGAAGCCUAUGCUACAAAACUCUGGUCGAGCUCUGAACACUUGCCCCGAGGCAGAGGCUAUAAAGCCUUUGUUUCAGCCGCCUAGUCAGCCAAUUCCAAUGGAGGUUGAAAAGGAGAAUGAUCCUGAAGAUCCUUUCGCCGACUGGGGCUCUCCCAAAGAGGCACAAGCUGCGACGGCACCUUCAAGAGGGAAGAAGAGGAAUUUUCUGCGCGUCGAAUCUGAUGAUGAAGACAGCCUAGGCGCCGAACUGGAAGCCAAAACUGAACCCCAAUUUGAGGAAUUGCUCAAGCCUUUGAAGCUCGAUCGAAACUUGCUAGAAAUCAUUAUUCGUACUGUGAUCAUCAAGAUCAAAUUGCUCGAUUCCAGGAAAAUCCACCAAGAAACCGUCGGCACCUUGGAUCGGUUUAAAAAUUUGACGAUCGGAUUAAAUCCGAACCACGCGAAGCUGUAUGAAGAAAAAUUGAGUGAAGCUGUCGGCAAAGUGCGUCUAAUCCAGUCGGAGUUUGAUAAAGUUACGGAGACGAUCGGAGAUGAAUUAAAGUCGUCGAUCGAAGAUUCAGUGACCAAGCAUCGUGAAAUUUUACAUUCACUGACUCUCGAUCCCAAAGGUCUGUUCAGCGACCAUUGGAAACCCAAGCAAGUUCAAUACGUCGAGGCCAUGGCUCCCCCUUCGAAUCAUGACGUUAAUCCGACGUCCAGCGCGCGAGAAGACUACGGAGUUGGCGCUUCUAACGACAUCAAUGCGACAUCAGUAGAGACCACCAAGCCCACCAAGGAAGCAGAUGCAUGGGAUUCAUGGGGAGACGACACUGCGAAUCAAGCUAGUAAUCCCGAACCGCCGCCACCAGCCAAUCCGUCAGAGUGCCCUUGGGGUUCAGAUGAACCUGCAGAAUCAAAAACUGCCGACAAACCCCAAGCAGAGUCUAAAGGGAAUUCCGACGAUCCUUUCGGUUGGGGCGAUGCGAACGAUAGCAGCAAACCCAGCGCAGGAGAUGCUUGGGGCGCAAGCUCGAAGUCCAAUGCCGACCAGGGUGGAUGGGGAAAUCCUGCUUCGACAUCUAACAACGGCGCCGCCACGGGCUUUGGCGGGCAAGAUGGCGGUUGGGGGGCAAGAAGCACGGGCUCGGAUUCUCAGUCGCAGGAUCAAAACAGGGGUGGGAGAGGCCGAGGCGGUCGCGGCGGAUUCGGUCGGGGUGGGGCACGCGGCGAUGGCGGUAAUGGAGGUGGUGGGUUUAGAGGAGGAGGCUUUGGAGGCGGCGGUUCUGCAGGAAGUGGGUGGGGAGGCGGUGGUGCUGGGGGAGGAGGUGCUGGAGGGGGCGGGUUUGGCGGAGGGGGCGGCUUCAGCGGAGGGGGUGCGGGAGGGGGCGGCUUCAGCGGAGGGGGUGCUGGAGGGGGCGGUUUCGGCGGAGGAGGUGCUGGACGAGGGUUUGGAGGAAGGGGACGCGGGUUUGGCGAGGAGAGAGGAUUUGGUGGAGGGGGUCGCGGCUUUCGUGGUGAGGGCGGCUUCCGUGGACGGGGACGUGGGGGUGGGGGAGAUGGAGGCUUUGGGGGUAGGAGCGAUGCCGGUGGCGGAUGGCAGUCGGGAGGCUUCGGUGCCCAAGCGUUCAAAAGCGGAGGCUCGGAGGUCGCUAGCGGCGGAUGGCAGACUCCCAAGCCGGCACCCCCCAACCGACAAGCCGUCAACUACAAUGCAAUCGCCCCCGAGGUCCCGGAACAGCUCAACAGUUGGGGGCCUCCUCCCGCCGCAGGCAUCGGCGCCCAAGGAUCCAAAAACGGAGGAUCGGACGUGGCCGCCAGCGGAUGGGGGUCUCCGAAGUCAGCCUCGCCAAACCGACAAGCCGGUGGCGCAGAUAAGACGGAUGCGUGGGAUUCCUGGGGCGAUCCCGAGGUUUCGAACUCCGUGGCCGACUCCGCGCCAGCAAAGGCGACAGCCGUCGUCGCCAAAUCCAAAGAGGAUCCCAAAUCCAAAGAGGAUCAGCCUCCAAGCAACGAGAACGACAGUGGUUGGGAUCCCAUGCCAACUGACCACCCCGAGACGGGCAAGACGUUCACCGAUUGGGAUGAAGCCUCGAAGCAUAACGAGAAAACUCCAGUGUUGGAUUAUGAUGGGAAGAUUACCAUCGACCCAUCCGCCGAAUCGACAACUCAAGCCGAACCGACAUCUCGGGCCGCGCCGACACCGCAGGUCGCUGGAGAAGCUCCCGGAGUUGUCGAAAAGCCAGCUCAACCGGAAUCGACAAGCCAGCACGUAACUCCACAAGUCUCAGCACCCGCUAUUCCAGAGAAACCGGCUGGGGAUGACCAAUGGGGUGGCUGGUAG